AUGGAGGAGCGCAAGGAGGAGGGCGAGGCAGAGAUUCAGGAGCACGGGCCCGAGCAUUGGUUCUCCAAGUGGGAGCGGCAGUGCCUGGCCGAGGCCGAGCAAGAUGAGCAGCUACCCCCGGAGCUGCAGGAGGAGGAGCACGAGCAGCGGAAGCUGUGGCACCUCUUCCAGAACUCGGCCACCGCCGUGGCCCAGCUCUACAAAGACCGAGUGUGUCAGCAACAAGGACUUUCUCUCUGGGUCCCCUUCCAAAACGCAGCCGCCGCCGUCACCAGCCUCUACCAAGAAAGCGUGGACACCCAACAGCGAAGCUUUGAUACCGGAAUUCAGAUCGGCUACCAGCGACGCAAUAAGGAUGUGUUGGCCUGGGUUAAAAAGCGCAGAAGAACGAUUCGUAGGGAAGAUUUGAUCAGCUUCCUGUGUGGGCAAGUUCCCCCACCACGAAACUCCAGAGCUCCCCCAAGACUGACUGUGGGGUCCCCUAACCGAGCGACUUCAACGGAGACUAGCUCAUCUGCAGAGACUGAUUUGCAGCCCUUCCGGGAAGCCAUAGCUCUGCAUGGUCUUAGUGGUGCAAUGGCUGGGAUAAGCGUGCGUUCGGGUACCCCAGGCUCCCCUACACAUGGAGGCGGUGGGUCGAAUGCUAGUCGAAGGAGAAAUGGACUCCAUGAUGUCGAUUUGAACACUUUCAUAUCGGAAGAAAUGGCACUCCACUUGGACAGUGGUGGAACUAGAAAGCGUACCUCGGCCCAGUGUGGCGAUGCCAUUCCAGACUCACCAACCCAUAAACGCAACAGAAUGAUCUAA